AUUUGCGCGCUAGCAUCGUUUUGACAGUUCUUGGCAAUCCUUGCUCACCCUAUAUUUACCAACAAAUGCUCACAAUCGCUUCACAAUGGAGGACGCGACUACGCUGAAAAUGGUGAAAAUUUGUCGAUUUUGUCUCUCGCAGGACGAAGAAUAUCUUAUCCCAAUAGCGGAAGCGCCAGACUUUUCGCUGGAGAUAGAGGAUGUAGCACGGUUCACCGGGAUAGACAUAAACGAGGACAACAAAACGGUGUACGCCAUGUGCUUGGAGUGUACGGAAAAUCUAAAACACACCGCCAUAUUCCGGGACACCUGCCUGGGCAAUGAUGCCCUCUUCCACGAGCUGUACGAUGCGAUGGUUUCCAGCGUGAAGGAAAUGUACGGCGAUACGAUUGAAUAUUUGGACAGCGAUUUCGAAGACUUUGCAGAGGAAGUGAAACCGGUGGAUACGGUUGAGGACGUUCCGAUGAAGAUUGAGAGUUUGACCAAAAUAGAGACUUUGGAGGAAAUUGAGAUUUUAGCGAGUCCACAGCAGAGACCAGAGCCGACCUUCAUUCAGCAGAAGCAUUGUCCGGUGGUACAACCACAGCUACCACAGGAGCAUUACCGUGCGUACAGUCCGCCAGCUGCUUCCUGCAUUAGCAAUGAUGAGUCGAUCGAGUAUGUGUUCGCCGACGACGACGAAAAUUUCGCCCACUCUGCCAACUACAUUGAAAUCGGUGAGCCAAUGUCCUAUGAUGACCUCUGGAUGGUAGACUAUAAUGAGCCGCCCCGCCGUAAACGUAAACAGCGCGUCAAAAAAGGAUCGUUCGUGAAGCGAACGGAAGGCAUCCCGGAACCGCUGGUGAACGAUGGGUACGAGAUGGAACCAAUUUUCGCACCAAUGCCGACACCGACGCCGAAGGAGGACGACUGCUGGUUAUUGCAGGAGCGCCCACGCGUCAAAAGGAAGCGACACCUCUGCGAUGAGUGUGGUGCCUUGACGAACCAUCUGAAAAGCCACGUCCGGUACCAUCGGGACGAAAGGUUGGAAGUGUGCCCGCACUGUCCGGCUACGUUCAGGCACGUGUCCAAUCUACGAGGCCACAUCCAGCAGAUACACGUCAAAAAGAUAUGCAAAACAUGUGAAAUAUGCGGCAAAGGCUUCAUCCAUCACAAAACGUACCGAUAUCAUAUGCUUAACCACGCGAACGAGGGCAAAAGGUUCGAAUGCAAGGACUGCGGGAAAUCGUUCAGCAAUGAAAUAUAUCUGCGCGACCAUUACAACAGGCUACACAAUAUCACGAAAACACUUGUAGCUAGCGAUCCUGGAAGCUCGUAAACUCUGGCUCUAGUUAGUGUCGUGUGUGUACAAAACUCGAAUGAAGGAAUGAAAUAAAUUCGUUUGUCGUCAGUGAAUUGCAA